AUGGUUUCCUUGGCUUUGGCUUUUUCGCUGAUGUGUCUGGCGAGAAGCUUUGUGAAAGAACUUGUGAGAAAGGAGACGGUGGAGCGCGAAGAUGUCAUGGCCUCAGGAACGCAACCAGUGUACACCGAGUACUACCAUGCAAGUAUUGCUGCCGGACUUCGAUCCCGGGAACAACGCACCUUCGAGUACAAGAGAACCUUUUUGGAAGCAGCAGGAAAGUACCUUUGGCUAAAAGUCUUCAUGGUUGUGGUUCUCAUGGGCAUGUCAUGGUUCAUGGUGUUUGAAGUGAACGAGACCUACGGCUACCCGUUGGCCGCGAACCGCAUGUUGAACCACAGGAACAAGGUCCUCAGCCUCGACAACAAGAACCCCAAGAAGAAGCAUGUGAUAAAGGAGAUUACCCCAGCGGAUGUUAUCAACGUCACGAGCUACCUCAAGAAGACGAACGCGUACUCCGAGUUCUACAAGAACAGCGCUCUCAACAACGACAUCCUUGAGAAGAUCAACGCAGUCGAGAUGGAAAGUGAUCUUCACCAAAGAAUCGAAGUUAUCCUGGACUCUGGCGCAGACGAAGCCUUCACCGUUGCCUCGGUGAUCAACCCGCUGAUGGCCAUAGGCAAGCUGUUUCGAGAAGGUUGGGAGUUGCGAGUUAAUGAAGAAGAAGGUAUGUGCCUUACAGAUGGAAGCUCAAGAAUACCAGUGCAUCUCCACAAGAACAGCUUGGCAGCCUACGCUUACGUACAAACUCCUUCAAGAAGCAGAAGUUACAGCAGCAACAACUACAAGAUGGUUCGCACAGUUGUUCAGCUUAACAAGCACGUUCAGGAAGCAGUGAACAAAGAAGAACCUGGUUGGCGCAACACAGACAGCAUGGUGAUCGUGAAGUGUGCCACUCAAAGCAGCUAUGAGAACCCAUCUCUCAUGUACAGCCCUACGCACUUUCCGUACAGAAGCACUUUGGUGAAAGAAGAGAGAGGAUGGAGAGCAGUUGAAGUUUCAAGAAAGUACUCCGAGAAGGCAGACCCUUUUGAAGAGUUUGCUGAAGGAGAAAAGGAAGUGGUUACAGCCAUUUCAGCAAAGCCAAUUCCACUUUGGAUCCUUGGCACUCCUUACGCUGCCGGAGAUCGAGCAGACCAAGAAAGCCACGGUCGUGACUACUGGAAGAUGGAUCUUGAGAAAGGAGAAGUUGUUCGUCACCACGUAGUACCAAGAACUGUUUUGUUUGACCCGACAGGUGUUUCCAACUGUCCUGUCCUCCUUGGAGAUCUCGAGAACAGCAGGUAUACCCAAGGAGACAGCAUCUACAGUACAGAAAUCUACGAGCACAGUGACGACUGGAGAGCAGACCGUCUACCUCUACGUGAACACUUUCGUUUGCCGUGGUUUGGUCAAACAAGGUUUCGUGUGAAGCCAGAAGUUGUUGAAGACCUGAAGGCAGAAGCUGCAGCAGAGGAGCUAAAGCAGAAGAAAGAAGACCACUACAAAGAGAAGGAAGAUUCAGCAGCACCACCAGAAGCAGAGGAAAGCAAAGACGAAGAGAUGAGAGAAGCACAAGCAGACCAAGAAGCACCACAAGAAGUUGUUGAAGUUUUGGAGGAAAGCUUCUACCACGAAGGCGUCGAGUACACAGCACAAAGGAUUGAGCAAGCCAAGCAGCUCUACGGAAGUGAAGAGCCACCAGCAGUGACUCUUGUCGCUGUGGACAGCUGGAGCAAGGCAGUUCUUGCGGUGCCCUGCAAGAGGAAAGGAGGUGCAGGAAGCACGACGCACCUCGCGGAAGCACUCGUGCAGUUCACUACGCAGCUCGGGUACAACACCCUCGUUCUCAAAGCAGACAACGAGAACGCAGCCAAAGCACUCAAGGACAAAGUACAGAAGGAAGAACGCGAACAGCUCGAGAACGACGAGGCCGCCAGCGACCCUCCGAGUUCGGAGGAACCAAGCUCACCCAGCAAGCUACGAAAGCAGGUCAACAGAGCAGAGGAAACAGACGGUUACCUCAACAUGCCUCAUGAUGAUGAAGUCUACGAAGCAGAUGAUGAGUUUAUGUACGAGUCGGAAGAAGAAGAAGAGGAGACAGAGAGUGAACCAAGGGAAGUUUCUACCAAGGUCCCUGUCGAGUUCUUCGAUGAGGAGAAAGGACCACCGAACGUGGAUCCAGCUUUUCUUCAGAGGUUGGAUGAUGAAGCUACAGUCAAAGAAAUCAAGAGGUUAACAAAAAUGGGAGUUAUUUCGUUGGUUUCUACGGACCCUCAGGAAGCAACUGAGAACGUACCUCUGGUAGACUCAGAGCAAGAACUUCACAAGUGGUUGACAACGAAGUUGGUGAAAGAUUGGAGGUUCAGAGAAGCUACAGGUUUUGAAGUUGAUGAAGCCACAGAAGGAACAACCAAGCCCAAGCAGACUCAGAGGUGCUGGCAGCUACGAAUUACAAAACUGGUGCCCAUGCUGGCUCUCGCCAACAAUUGGGCGAUCUACAGUGUCGACGUGAAAGACGCGUUUUUACAAGUCAACGCGACGCAUCCAGUCUUUGGUCAGACUUUUGUGAUGGCAAAGAAAGAAGUGACAGAGAGAGCAGAGAAGUUGAAGAAGGUUGAGGAAAGCCUGGAGAAGGAAAAGGAGGAGUUCGAAGACCGAAAGACAGAGUUUGAGGCCUUAAGCGAGAAGGAGACAGCCCUUGAAGAAGCUGAGGAGAACGUCAAAGCAAAGGAAGCAGAGGUUGAGAAGAAGAAGAAAGAGGCAGAGAAGAGAGAGAGAAAAGCCCAGGAAAGAACCGUCGGGUACGACCAGGAGAGAGAAGAGUACGCCAAGAAGUACGUGGACGACGCAAAGAAGGACUUGGAGAGAGAGCUUAAAGUGCUAAAGCAAGAAGAGAAAGUAAGGAACCAGAAGCUCGACGACCUCCAGUACGACUACAAGAGCCUCAAGGACGACUACCAGUACUUCAAAGGUUACUCACAGGAAGUGGACGCACUUCUACUUGCAGCUAAGGACAAGAUCGUGAAGUACAAGAAGAAGGUCAAAAGCCUCAAGGAAACCAUAGGUGCAGCCUUGUCUGGAAGCGAAGGUGAAGAAGAGACAGAAGAAGCGUACAAGACCAAAGCAGAAGAAGAGAAAGAGAAGGCAGAGGCGAAGGCAAAAGAAGAAGAGAAGAAGAAAGGAAAAAGGCCAAAGCAGGUAGAGACAGAAGACCAAGAAGAGAAGCCCUCAAGCAACCAAGGAGACGAGAACACUUUCGACCCGAACGACAUAGCCGAGUUCACGCAGCUUGGCUACGUGUGGGAGUUCAACAAGAAGACGCAAGAGUACCGCGCGAAGUGCGAGGACAAGAAAGGAGCCCCAAGAAUCAAGAACGCUCCGGUGAAAGGCCGCCUCCUUUGGAACAAGGUGACGGAGUGCUACAGAAGGCACAACGUGUGGUUUACAGACGGAAAGGAAUUGGAUAAAUUCCUCGAGACCAAGGAGAACGAGAAGAUCGAGGAAGAGGUGCAGCGACGCAUCGGCAUGAAGGGCAAGAACGACAACACAGGAACCAAGGGAAAAGGCCCUUCCUGGGACGACGGACAGAACGACGGUUGGUGGUACAACGACCAGUGGAACAACGAGAACUGGAACACCACCGACGACGGCAGCAACUGGUACGAGAACGCGAACCCGCGCAACAAAGGCUACUGGCAGACGCCAGAAGAGUGGGCGCAACAGAACCAGUGGGACCAGUGGACACCCAAAGGAAAGAGCAAAGGCAAGAAGUCCAAGAACUGGACGCAGACCCAGUGA